GUAAUGUUACAGAUUGAACCCCACCCAUCUUCAUUCCCAUUGGUCUAUUCUUGAGCCUUCACAAACUUAUAUAAAUACAGACUUGAACAGGAAAUGUUUUUUUAUCACAACCACAUCACAACGCUGUCUGCAAAUAUGAAAAACGUUUUCUUUGACAUCACUAUGGAUGGAGCUCCUGCUGGCAGGAUUGAAAUGGAGCUCCGGUAUGACAUAGUCCCAAAGACUGCAGAAAACUUCCGUGCUUUGUGCACCGGAGAGAAAGGUUUUGGCUACAAAGGUUCCAAGUUUCAUCGAAUCAUCAAUGGAUUCAUGUGCCAGGGUGGGGACUUUACCAAACACAAUGGAACUGGAGGCAAAUCCAUCUAUGGGGAGAAGUUUGCUGAUGAGAACUUCAAGUUGAAUCAUUCAGGCAUGGGCACCCUGUCCAUGGCUAACUCUGGGCCAAACACCAAUGGGUCCCAGUUCUUCAUUUGCACAGGGGAUACUAGCUGGCUGAACGGAAAGCACGUGGUGUUUGGGAAGGUGGUGAAAGGCAUUGAAGUUGUCGAGUCAAUGGACAUCAAAGGCACGCAAAGUGGUUCUCCUAAGGCCAAGGUUGUCAUUGCAGACUGCGGUGAAUUAUAGUAGCGUGACAAAAGUUCACAUGUCCAUUUUAACAUCCACAUCAAAGUGAUGCUGAAAGCGUCAAUAAAGCAACCUAAAGCGGAA